AUGGGGAAAGGACGCAACGGCAGCAAGGCUAAGAAAAACGCUGACAAAGCUCACGAGAAGGACGUACCUGACGUACCUGCGAAGGAGUCUGCUGCUAACGGGAAGCCUCCCUCAAGCCCCGCUCCUGCGACUACGGCCGGACCUUUCGAAGCUUUUCCGGAGCUGCCGGAGAAUGCUGGUCAGGAUGCUGAUGCAAGCCGAGAGAAUGUUGACGGGGAGGAGGAACUCGCUGAUGGCGAUGCGCGCGAGGAGGCCGAUGCUAUCGACACUGCUGACGACGACGCGCAGCCUGCGGAAUCUCCUGAUGAUGACGACGACGACGGUUACCUGAGUGAUGACUCGGACGAACAUCUGGAGCCGGACUCUCUUAAUAGCAUCAUUGCCCUCAAGCACUUCUCACUAACCCUGUUGGUGCCGAUUUCCAGGAAGGUGGAGGUUAAGCGUGCAGCCUUAACCGUUGCUGCCAUGUUGGACGAAUGGAAGGAGUUGUUAACGUCGGAUGCGCUGUUGACCACAACUUACCAGGAUCUCUCACCGAUGUUUCUUUCUGGAGAACGUUACGGCCGCUUGCAAGUUACCUUCAAUCACGUUCGUGAUGCGAACUUCGUUUGGAGCCAGGUUAUACGUCACGAGUGUGUCAACGGCGAUUUCAUUGAUCUCACCUGGCAGCACCCGGAGGAUGCGCGUUUCCUGCGUGAGCGCGUGCUGAACCCCACGGCGAAGGAGAUCAUAGUCAAGGGCGUACCGGCGGAAAUAUCGGCGGAACUGAUUCGCCGUCUGUUGGUGGUAUCAAAGCUGGUGAAGCGCGGCAGGAGCGCGUUUGCCAGUGGUUUCGGAUUCCAUCGGACAGUGGAUCCGGUGUCAGGCUUGGACACGGACCGCAUCCGUGGACUGUUUGUCCCUCAUGCUGAUGACGAGUACCGCUGGCAUCUCUUGAAGCGUAUCAUGCGAGACCCUGCGAUUAUUCUCACCUCCACCGGAAGCGCGCGGGAGGAAUGGGUUUGUGUCCAGACAGUGUGCGAGAAGGCGCAGGGGAACCACUUCGAGCAGGCAUCUGCUCAUAUUGCAUCUGCUCGGCACAAAGGGGGUUUGCGGAAGGAGGGUUCGGCCACACGCGCCAGCAAGUUUUCCCAGAAAAUGCUGGCCUUCAAGAAGGAGUACACUGCAAAACCGGCGAAGUAG